CCCAGUAGCAUUGGAAAGAGAUUUAAACCUACGAAAUACAUCCCGGUCUCCACAGCAGCAGCCUUAUUAGUGGGAUCUACUACUUUGUUCUUCGUCUUCACGUCCUUAAUAAAGUUUGCUCCUUCAUAAAGUUGUUUUAAGAAGUACAAGAUAAAAGGCGGUGGGAGGUGAAAGACAGCGACGGCAGCUCUAAGAAGAUGGCAGAAAGCAAGUGGUAUCUAGAAUCCGCCAAGGAGGCACCAUGGCCUGCUCCCCGCCCAAGUUUCACGAUCCCCAAGAAGGAAAUCAAUAUGGUUCCUGACAUGGCGAAGUGGAAACGCUCACAGGCUUAUGCAGAUUACAUGGGCUUCAUUCUCAAGCUGAAUGAAAGCAUCAAGGGUAAGAAGCUGAGCUGCAGUUACAAAGUCUCUGAGCCCAUUGAGAAGCUGGUUGAUCUCCUAGACACGCUUGACAGGUGGAUUGACGAAACCCCACCGGUGGAGCAGCCAUCCCGCUUUGGGAACAAGGCCUUCCGGACAUGGUACACCAAACUAGACCAGGGGGCUGAGAACCUGGUGGCCACCGUGGUCCCGAGGGAGCUGUCAGACGCUGUCUCCGAGGUGGCAGUGUACCUGAAGGAGUCUGUGGGCAACCCUACUCGUAUCGACUACGGGACAGGUCACGAAGCAGCGUUUGUCGCCUUCCUCUGCUGCCUUUGCAAAAUUGGAGUUCUCAGAGUGGAUGACCAGCUCGCCAUUGUCUUCAAAGUGUUCAGCAGGUAUUUGGAAGUCAUGCGGAAGCUGCAGAAGACCUACAGAAUGGAACCGGCCGGCAGCCGAGGAGUCUGGGGCUUGGAUGACUUCCAGUUCCUGCCCUUCAUAUGGGGCAGCUCACAACUGAUAGAUCACCCAAACCUGGAGCCUCAACAUUUCCUGGACGAGAAGGUGGUUAAUGAAAACCACAAGGAAUUCAUGUUUCUCGAGUGCAUCCUGUUCGUUACAGAAAUGAAGACAGGCCCAUUUGCUGAGCACUCCAACCAGCUGUGGAACAUUAGCGCUGUCCCUACAUGGGCGAAGGUCAACCAAGGCCUUGUUCGCAUGUACAAAGCCGAAUGCCUGGAGAAGUUCCCUGUGAUCCAGCACUUCAAGUUUGGCAGCCUCCUCUCCAUCCAGCCUGUUGCAUCUUAGGGAGGUUUUGUAAGAUAUUCUUUCCCCCAUUUCUUUCUCUUUUUUUUU